UAUGAGAGCAGGGCGGCGAUGAUGACGGGCCACUUGGACUCCUAGACAACCUCACUAGACACUCCACACCUCUCCGGUCCGCUUGUCUUACACAACAGCUUUUCAUUAACCACCGUGGACCGCGGGAAUGGAUUCUAGGCUGCUGAUUAGAUCGGACCCGACAGCCCGGGCACCCUGGAACAUCAGCUCCAUCAGCCCGCACCGUCUUAUGGAGCUGUCUCCUGUCGCUACAGCUGGUUCCAUGGUUCCAAGUUACCCAUUUCCAACGGUAGACGUACCAGACCACGCUCACUACACUAUCGGCGUUGUCAUCCUGGCUGUGGGCAUCACAGGCAUGCUGGGAAACUUCCUGGUUAUAUAUGCUUUCUGCAGGAGUCGGAGCUUGCAGACACCAUCUAAUAUUUUCAUCAUUAACCUGGCUGUCACGGACUUCCUCAUGUGUUUUACUCAGACCCCCACCUUCUUCAUCAACAGCAUGCACAAGCGAUGGAUCUUUGGAAAGAAAGGUUGUGAGGUGUAUGCCUUCUGCGGAGCCUUGUUUGGUAUCUGCAGCAUGAUGACGCUAAUGGUGAUUGCAGUGGACCGGUACGUGGUGAUCACCAGGCCUCUGGCCUCCCUGGGGUUGAUGUCUCGUAGGAAAGCCCUGAGCAUUGUGGCUGCGGCCUGGGUCUACUCCAUGGGCUGGAGCCUGCCCCCCUUCUUCGGCUGGAGUGCCUAUGUCCCAGAGGGUCUCAUGACAUCUUGUUCCUGGGACUACAUGACGUUUACCCCUUCUGUCCGCUCCUACACCAUGCUGCUCUUUACCUUCGUCUUCUUCAUUCCUCUCUUCAUCAUCAUCUUCAGCUACUGCUGUAUCUUCAGAGCCAUCCGGCACACAACACGAGCGAUAACAAAGAUCAGUUGUGAGGGAACCAGAGACUCCGCUAAGAGGUUCAACAAGAUGAGGAGUGAAUGGAAGAUGGCCAAGAUCGCUCUCAUUGUCAUCCUGCUAUAUGUCAUUUCCUGGGCCCCUUAUUCCUGUGCAGCCCUCACUGCCUUUGCUGGGUAUGCUGACUUGUUGACUCCGUAUAUGCACUCUGUUCCUGCUGUGAUUGCAAAAGCAUCUGCUAUCUACAACCCCAUCAUCUAUGCCAUAACCCAUCCCAAAUACAGGUCAGCACUUAGCAAGUACAUUCCCUACCUCGGGCGAUUGCUGUGCGUUACUGGCAGAGAUCGUUUCAGCAGCAGCAGUUUCCAGUCCACCCGCCGAUCAACCCUCACCAGCCAAUCAGAGAGCAGAGGCCUCAGCAAGCCCCGCAACUCCUCGGUGUCUGAGAGCGAAUCAGCCCACUUCUCAGACACGGAGGAAGACUCAUCUCGGACGCCUGUCCCUCGUCAGUUGUCCAGUGAUGUCAAUCAGGUGCGCCAUAUCAGCCAGAGGUCAAAGGUGAGAGGUCACAACACGGGAGAGUUUGAAAGAACUCCUGUCCACAACCCCACUGACCCUGCCAUAUGUCUACUCUCACAGAUCACAACUCUGACAGAGCCUGAAGACAUCUCCAUGUCGGACAUCAGUCUGCAGCCAACCAGUCAUCUGCCUGCUACUCUGGAGAACGUGAUGGAGGAGUCGGGACCAAGGACUGCGCGUAACACGCCAUCCGUCAUUGUCACCUCCAUAUCCAGCCCGUCCAUACUGCACAGUCCACCAGGUUUCCAUGGCAACCUCAAAUUGACCAAAACUUACAGCCCGAUUACCAAGGAGCCCCUUGACAUUUCCAGGCUUGAGACAACAAUAUUACCGUGAACAGCUGGAUGAAAUUAGAAGGAGAGGCAAAGAGUGUGUGUUGUGUUUCAGUAUUUCCCUCCAUGGAACUUCUCUGUGCCAGCAUGCUGUUUGCUAGUAACUUAAAACCAGAACAUGCUCUUACAAACAUACACAUUUUUUUUUUUGCACGACAGAGUGUGAGUAUGUGAGCAUGAAUGCCCAGAAAAUUUAAAUACAUGUUUGGGUAUUUGCACACACACACACACACACACACACACACACACACACACACACACACACGUGAUUGUUCUACUUUUUUCUGACAUAUCAUGGUGGUUGGAGAUGGUUUACCUCAGAGCUGGAGGCAACAAAUUAGCCUUAAAAACACAAUAUGAAAAGUUCUAUCUCUGGGGUUGGGUAUCAAUUAGAUUUUAAUAUAUUAUUGGUUCAGAUUCUUGUCACAGUAUUUGAGAAGAAAAAAAUGAUUUUUGGUUUCAAGGUAAAAUAUAAAUCUUCUUUAUCUUGCCAUACAGAUGAUGAAUGAUGAGUUUUGUGCGGCACCAUUAGCAAACAGAGUUUUUAUGAGUCAUCCAUCUACAGUAAAAGCUUUUUGACCAGUCGCUUUUUUAAAAUAUGAAAUCCUUUCCAAAUCAGAACCAAUUCUCCAUACCCAACCCUACGUCUUUUUAUUGGUUGUUUCUCUUUUUUUUCCUACUUUAAUUGAGGAUGUGAGAAUAUACUAUAAAUACUGAUAUUAAAGAUGCAUUAAGCAGUAGGCUAGUUUUUAUAUUAAAAACUGAAUCAAAUGACUCCUGGUUAUGAAUAAGAACUGAUAGGACUACCGAUCCCACUGAGAAUCAACAUCAUACUAUAUGCAGAUUUAAGCCACUUUAACCUUUUUGUUUUGGUUCUCAAAACCAUGCUGCUUAUUAUCAAACUGUGAGCUGCUCCUGGCACGAGUUAGCACAAGCUAACUGCACCUACAUAAUGCAAAAUGUCAAAUGAAAGUAACUGGUGAAGAAAGUCACACAUGUAGCAGCUCAAAGAGAGAAUCUUUUUCUCAGGAGCCGGUGAAUGAAGCCAGAGGUAAAAUGACAGUGGAUACUGGAUGUACAUUUAAUAGGUGGCUAGCUUCAUUGGUAUAUUUAUGUUGCUCUGUUUUUACUAGAUGUGUAAGUAAGCAGCUUUCUAGCAUCUGCGUUUCCAAAAUAUCAAAUGUAUGCAAGGCAGCCCUCACAUACAUUUUUCAUCUCGGGAAUUUUCUUUUCUUUGUGUAUUUUUGUAUUUAUUAUUUUAAAGAUAGUAUGUGUGGAAAUCCAGGUUGAGUGAAAUGUCUUGUGCAUAUAUUUAAAAGUGCAAAAAUGAUCCCUCUGAUGUAAUGCUGCUGCUGCUGCUGCUUCACUGACUCUAAAAUGAAACCACUGCAAAUAAGUUUAGAAAUCAAAUCGACCUGUGGGAAACACUGCUAAUAUUGUUUGUUCGUCAGGAGGAAUUGACUGUUCAUUCCAGUCUUUCGGCCCUCUAGUGGUCAGAAAACGCUUUAAUGCAGCUUUAAUAUGAAGUGUUUUACUUACACACACACGCACAAAUGCGACCAGGCAGGAGAGGGUACAGUCAGUUUGUUUCCCCUCUGGCUCUUUGUCAUUGAUUUUUCCUUUCCUGGUGACAUGAAGUACCACAGAUAGGACAAAUCAGGUCAAAAAUGUGUCAACAACACUACAGUACAUCAGCCAAAGUAUGUGAGAGUGAGUAUGAGUGUGUGUGCCCAUAAUGAAGAACUGGACUCAGUACUGUACUUUGUAUUUCUCUUAAUGCCAUACUUUACUGUAAUAUCUACUAUUAGAUAUACAGUUUGCUAAAUGACUCUACUGUUUAUGAGAGUGUGGUUUCAGAAUUGUUAUCAUAGACCUCUUCAUAGACAGACGUACAAGCUGCUUCACCAAGUAUGUUUAUACAUUCUUUCCCAAAGGUCUUUUUUUCCACUUCUUUACAUUGCAGUUCCCUUUCAGAUUCCUAAGAUUGCUGCAUCAUUGACUUCGAUUGUAAUAACUGUUCUGUUCACUUGUCAAAUUAAAUCUGACACAUUUUAUGUGUGUUAAAUCAAAUUAAACCCAUGCACCAAUGCACCCAUUAAUGAAUGUACAGAAUUACAUGUUUUAAAAUGUUACGGCUACAUUUUUGGCAUUAUGACAAAACAAAUAUAUAAUAUUAUAUAUAUAAAAUUUAAAUUCCGCUUUAAUGAAGUGAUGUUUUAUGAAGUGAUGGUUUCAUGUUGAUUUUAUUUUCUUUGUACAAAAUGUUUUGU